AUGUUAGCAAUGACUUUUCCAUUUGGAUUAUGGGAAGUUGCUGCCAUCGCCUCUUUCAGCGUCAUGCUGUUAUGGCCCAUCUCAAGGUACUUCUUGGAUCCUAAGAAACUGCGUCGCUUUCCAGCUCCUGGGAUCGCUGGAUUUUCGAAUCUCUGGAUGAUGUACCAUGCAUACGGCUUCCGACGGCCAAUGGCAACCCAUGAAGCCCAUCAGAAACUGGGGAAAAUAGUGCGAGUCGGCCCGAAUCACGUCUCCUUCAUCGGCCGCCAGGCCGUGAAGGACAUAUACGGCCAUGGAACGCCAGCUCAGAAGGACAAAUUCUAUAUCUCUUUCACGGGCACACACGAAAGCAGCCUGGAUGUCACGAAUCGUCAAGCACACAGCGAUAAGCGCAAGCGUCUUGCUGCUGCAUUCUCAUUGAAGCGGAUUGAAAACAUGGAGCAUUUGGUGGUAGGGGAUGUCCAAAAGCUUCUUGAUCGCUUCGACAGAGCAGCUGAGACCAAGGAGCUUAUUAACGUACGUUGGUACAUAAAUAUGCUGCUAUUCGACCUCACUGGACAUCUGGUUUUCAGCCAGAGUUUGGGAUGUGUAGAGCGCGGGGACGACAUGAUGGUCGCACAGAAGUUGGAUGGAACACUUUAUCAGACCAAACCAGCAAACGCUCUUCGCAAUUCCCUACGCAUCGGUUCCACCAUGGGAUGGAUGCCAUCACGCUUUGGUCUUCUCAAGCGACUCACCUGGUGGCAUCCCGGUUGGAAGGGUGGAGCGGACUUUACUUCCAUUGUGUUGCACAUGGUCCGCACCCGGCUUGAGAUGGAGAAAAAGGACGGCGAACGGAACGACUUCUUCCAUUCCUUGGUCUGGAACAAGGAUCACGAACCCUUGAGUCUAGAGAUCGGGGAGAUGGUUGCGGAAUGUGGUCUUCUACUGAAUGCUGGCUCCGACACUACCAUGAUCGUUCUCGUCGGCACCAUUUUUCUUCUGACCAAAUGGCCCCGCGUCGCCGAGAGGCUCCGAAAGGAGCUGGAUGAAGAAUUGGAUUCCGAGGAUGGCGUCACCGCCUACGAGAGGGUUAAGAACCUGCCAUAUCUGCGGGCUUGCAUUGACGAAGCGAUGCGCAUGCGUCCGCCACUCCGUGGUGGUCUCCCCCGAGUCACGCCUCCGGAGGGGAUGAUGGUGGAGGGAGAGUGGAUUGCUGGCAACACCACGGUCUCUGUUCCCACCUACUCUCUCCACCAUGACUCAGACCUUUUCGAGGACCCGUACACAUAUAUGCCAGAGCGUUGGCUUACGGAGGAUGCGCCCAAGCUGCAACAAGUGUUCAUCCCUUUCUCUGCCGGUGGAAGAGGCUGCAUUGGCCGUAAUGUUUCCUAUAUGGAAUUGCUGGUCGUUAUAGGAACACUGAUGCGUCGUUAUGAAUUCGAGUUUGAAUCGUCGAGCUUUGAACUCGAAACCAAUGAUACGGUCAAUGCACAUCCUGGCACUAUGAUGAUGCGAAUCCGUCGGCGAUUUUCACCCGAAAAAGCUAUUUCUAAAGCUUGA